CCUCUUCGUACGAAAACUGUCGCACAUCCUCCGUAGACGCCUUUUCCCCUCCAUGACGCCCCAGGAGCUAGACUGUCUUUCUUCGGCUUUCCUCUCCCUUCACUGACUCUUUCCCAUUGUCACCCGUGACGCUUUGAAUUGUUUUCAUUUGUGAUUGUCUCGUUGGACGCACAACAUGGGUGGUGGUGGUGAUACUUCGGCAGCCAUGGAUGCUGCCGCGCAGAUUCGUAAAGCCAGCCUGAGGGCUUCCUCUGGUUUCAGGGGCUUGGUCCAGAACCGAAAGGUUUUUGGAGUCGCCAUGUUCGCCUGUCUUGGAGGUCUAUUAUAUGGUUAUAAUCAGGGCGUCUUUUCUGGUGUUUUGGUCAUGAACUCCUUCGAGAGACAUAUGGGCGAUGCCGUUACCAACCAAACAAAGAAAGGAUGGUUGACCUCCAUUCUUGAACUCGGAGCUUGGUUCGGCGCUCUGUACUCUGGCCCUCUUUGCGAAAGGUUCUCCCGAAAGUACACGAUUCUCGCGAACGUGUGCAUCUUCUGUCUUGGCGUCGUUAUUCAGACUACGGCUGUUGCAAAGAAUGGAGGUCCUUCGAAUAUCUUGGGAGGACGCUUUGUUACUGGUAUGGGUGUUGGAAGUCUUUCGACGAGUGUCCCUAUGUAUAAUGCAGAGAUUGCACCGCCGGAGGUUAGAGGUUCCUUGGUUGCGAUGCAACAGCUUGCAAUCACGUUUGGUAUCAUGGUCUCUUUCUGGAUCAAUUACGGAACAAACCAUAUCGGAGGCACUGGAGAUACCCAGAAAAACGCGGCGUGGCUCCUACCACUAGCUCUACAGCUUGUCCCAGCAGUUAUCCUCGGAAUCGGCAUGAUCUUCAUGCCUUUCUCUCCUCGUUGGCUAGUCCACCAUGAUCGAGAGGAAGAAGCCCUAAAUGUCCUCACCAACCUUCGUGGACUGCCCGUAGAUGACCCUAUCCUACAGCUGGAGUUCCUCGAAGUCAAGGCGCAGAGUCUGUUUGAAAAGCGCACGGAGAAGGAGAAAUUCCCCCACCUGGAGAGAACCAACAUCUGGAGCUAUAUCAAGCUAGAAGCUGCGGGAUACAAGAGUCUCUUCACCAGCUGGCCCAUGUUUAGACGAGUUAUGGUUGCUACAGUCACUAUGACAUUCCAGCAAUGGACCGGAGUAAAUGCUGUCCUGUACUACGCACCUUCAAUCUUUGCGCAGCUCGGUAUGAGCGACAACACCACCUCUCUCUUAGCCACUGGCGUCGUCGGUAUCGCCAUGUUCAUUGCAACCAUCCCCGCCGUGAUUUGGAUUGACAAUCUCGGCCGCAAACCGGUUUUGGUCGUUGGCGCCAUCGGCAUGGCAUCCUGCCACUUCAUUAUCGCGGGGAUCUUCGGCCAGAACGAAAACCAAUGGGAUACGCAUCGGGCAGCUGGCUGGGGAGCCGUGGCUAUGGUUUGGCUCUUUGUUGUUCAUUUCGGAUACUCAUGGGGUCCAUGUGCCUGGAUUAUCAUCGCUGAGAUUUGGCCGUUGAGUGUUCGUGCAAAGGGCACUUCUCUCGGUGCUUCUGCUAACUGGAUGAACAAUUUCAUCGUCGGCCAAGUCACCCCCGACAUGCUCUCCGGAAUCAAAUACGGCACGUACAUUUUCUUCGGCCUAAUCACGACCCUAGGCGCCCUGUUUAUAGCCUUCCUAGUCCCAGAAACCAAGCAGCUCUCGCUCGAGGAGAUGGACACGAUUUUCGGGUCUGAGGGAACCGCAGUGGCUGAUUAUGAGCGGCAAGUGGCGAUUUCGCGCGAGAUUGGGCUUGAUGAUGCUUUGGUGCGUUUGGGCGGGGGGUCAUCUGUGGAGGAGGUGGAGGAGGUGAAGACGGGUUGAAUUUCGGUUGGUUUAGGGAAUUCUUAGGAUUGGUUGUCUGUAUUGGUUAGAGGGUUGGUUGGUUGGUUGUUGGUGGUGGUAGAUGUCGUAUACUUAAUAGCGUGAUGAUUCUGCUAUGAGUUAUGUUUUUUUUUGGUGGAAAUUCUUUUCUUUGCUC